CCGUUCGAGAGUCAGUGUCGCGCUACACUUUGGCUGUAGUAGUUCGGAGGUUUUUGGGAAAUUUUUUUUUAAUAAUAAAAAAAAAUAACCAAUAAAAAUUUGGUACUGUUUUUUUUUUUUGACAAUUCGUAUAGGUGAUUUAAAUGGACGCGGGUGCUAUCGUGAACACAUGUGUGAACGUGUUUGAUAAUAAUUAAUGCUAUUUUGAAAGAAAAAAUUUUUUUUUCAAAUUUCGUGCGUGUAAUUUAUUUACAAUGUGGAAAACUGCCAAAAGAUAGCUUUAUUUUUAUUGUAAAAAAAUUUUUUUUUGUUCCUUGUGCCAAAUUAAGAUAAAUUUUUGUGCUCGUUUAUUUUUGUUUGUAAAAUAUUGUGUAGAAAUUUUUGAACAACUGACCUGCCGCAUUUACUCUUCUAUAUGAUAAGACGCUUAAAUCCUCCCCUCCCAAGUCAGAAAGUAGUAGCAGUAGCAUCGACCAAAAAUUUCGACGUACGAUACGACCAAAAAGUUGUUUCAAGUGGAACGCAUCAAGUUUCUCGCCUCGCUUUUAUAUAUAUAUAUAUAUGUGUAAUACAUAUACACACACGUCUUGAGCAAUCAGAGUUUUUACUCGAAAUAAAGACGCGAGUUCAUGAUAACUCGGCAAAGUCAUGUGGAUAAGUUGAAACUUGAAAUAUCGAUAUUGAAUACGAAAGAAGAAUUAAGGCGAGAACGACGAUAUUUGCCCUGAAGCGAUCAUCUUGGAGAAAUUCAAAGCCAAUUAGUGUCAUUGUCACGAUCGUUAGUGAAGUGAAAAGCGAUCGGUGAAGAUUCUUGAGAGGUUCCAAGAGUCACCGUCUCUUCAAGGUAUGAUGAACCCCAGAGUGUCUUUACUCUGGCUUGGGAUUUUGUUGGUUGUCUCAGCGGAUCCAGAACCAGCCUCACGCCCUAGACCCAAACCAAUUUACACCAAGGAUUUUGUUGUUCAUGUGCCUGCUGGAGAUAAAGUCGCCGCUGCCAUUGCUGAGAAACAUGGAUUUCAAUUUCAAGGACAGAUUGGAGCUCUGACCAACUACUUUCAUUUUACUCACGAGCGACUGAGAAAACGAUCCCUCGCCCCAAGCGAUUAUCAUCAUAAGAAACUCAAUGAUGAGCCAGAGGUACAUUGGGUACAGCAGCAACAUGAAAAGAAACGACAUAAGCGCGACUUUCACGGUACAACGUACACCUUUUCGGAAUUUCCGCAUUUCUUAGAUCGUUUUGGUACGCAACAACGAUCGUUUCCCCAUCAACAGAGAAAUAGAGAAAUUCAUGUUCAAAAUUUGUUUCCUGAUCCUCUCUAUAAAGAGGAAUGGUAUAUGAAUGGUGGAUCAAAGGAUGGAUAUGAUAUGAACGUGGCACCUGCCUGGGAAAGGGGUUACACUGGAAAAGGUGUUGUUGUGUCAAUUUUAGAUGAUGGAAUUCAAACAAAUCAUCCAGAUCUUGCGGCGAAUUAUGAUCAGAAUGCAAGUUAUGAUAUCAAUGGAAAUGAUGAUGAUCCAAUGCCAAGGGACAAUGGUGACAAUAAACAUGGUACACGAUGUGCCGGAGAAGUUGCUGCCGUUGCUUUUAACCAAUAUUGUGGUGUUGGAGUUGCUUACAAUGCCAGUAUAGGAGGAGUUAGAAUGCUGGACGGAGUAGUAAACGACGCGGUGGAAGCAAAAGCCCUGGGAUUGAAUCCUGAUCAUAUUGACAUCUAUAGUGCAUCCUGGGGACCGGAAGACGAUGGGAAAACUGUAGAUGGUCCUGGUCCUCUUGCUAGACGUGCCUUCAUUUAUGGAGUCACAAGCGGUCGCCAGGGAAAAGGUUCAAUUUUCGUGUGGGCAUCAGGAAAUGGAGGUAGACACACGGAUUGUUGCAAUUGUGAUGGGUACACGAACAGCAUCUUUACACUCUCAAUAUCGAGUGCCACUCAGGGUGGCUACAAGCCUUGGUACUUAGAGGAAUGUAGUUCGACUCUGGCCUCGACCUAUUCCUCUGGGUCACCCGGUAAUGACAAGAGCAUUGCAACCGUUGAUAUGGACGGGAAACUUAGACCCGAUCAUAUAUGCACCGUUGAGCAUACUGGUACAUCGGCAUCGGCACCAAUUGCCGCUGGAAUUGCCGCUUUGGCACUUGAGGCAAAUCCCUCACUUACAUGGAGGGAUAUGCAAUAUCUUGUGGUAUUGACAUCAAGAUCGGCGCCCCUUCAAAAAGAAUCUGGUUGGGUUCUCAAUGGGGUCAAGAGGAAAGUUUCACAUAAAUUUGGUUACGGUUUGAUGGACGCCGGUGCAAUGGUUAAAUUGGCAGAGCAAUGGACCAACGUUCCAGUUCAGCAUAUUUGCAAGUCCCCUGAGCACAUCAAGGAGCAACCGAUCGACCCGACCUACGGUAAUUCACUUACUGUAGCCAUGGACGUUAACGGAUGUUCCGGUACGCCGAAUGAGGUUCAAUUUCUUGAACAUGUUCAAUGCAAGAUAUCCCUCAGAUUCUUCCCUCUAGGAAAUCUUAAGCUUCUCCUGACCUCGCCAAUGGGUACAACAUCCACACUUCUCUUUGAACGACCACGUGAUACAUUCAACUUUAAAUUCGACGACUGGCCCUUCCUCAGCGUUCAUUUCUGGGGUGAAAAAGCCGCCGGGCGUUGGACUUUACAAGUCAUUAACGCCGGAAGACGACACGUUCAAAAACAAGGAAUUUUGCAGAGAUGGCAACUGAUCUUCUAUGGGACAUCGACGAAUCCAAUAAGAUUGCGAUCUCAUCAAUAUAAUCCGGUACAAACGGCUUCUCAAGCAUAUUCCUCCUCUGUAGAAUAUCCAUUUUUCUUUGAUCAACAUCGUUCUGCGGACGAAUUUCGCGAUUCCGACUUCUUUGCACGGUCUGGCUUUCAGGGAUACCAGGGUCCAUACACGGGUGCUGCCUCCAAUGUUGAAGCUUCAGUGACAACUCUCGAUGGCGCUUCCAAUCCACUUUUGACGAAUCGACUGCCUGGCGAUCUUUCCCCAUCGGACGAUUCCUUUGAUUCGGGGAAAAAAAUUCGACAGCAGGACUGCGAUCCACAAUGCGAUAUUCAAGGAUGCUAUGGAAAAGGUCCAACUCAAUGUGUCGCCUGCAAGAGCUAUCGACUUGAUAAUACAUGCAUAAGUCGUUGUCCGCCAAGAAGUUUUCCAAAUCAGGCCGGUGUGUGUUGGCCGUGUCACGAGUCAUGUGAAACUUGCGCAGGUGCUGGACAGGAUUCAUGUCUAUCCUGUGCUCCGGCUCAUCUUCGAGUUACAGAUUUAGCCAUUUGUCUACAACAAUGUCCUGAGGGCUACUAUGAAAAUACAGAAAAUAGUACCUGUGUACCGUGUGAGGCAAAUUGCGCAAGCUGUCAAGAUAGGCCUGAUCACUGCACCAGUUGCGAGAAUCAUCUCGUAAUGUAUGGGAAUAAGUGUUAUGCAGCCUGUCCUCUAUACACCUAUGAAACACAAGAUUACAAUUGUGUUCCUUGUCAUUCCACUUGCGAGACGUGUAAUGGCACCGGGGAAAAUCAAUGCAUCAGAUGUCGUCCCGGAUUGUUCGUUCUCAAUGGACGUUGCACUAAUUCAUGUCCAGAUGGUUAUAGUGCUGAUAAAAAAUAUCGUGAAUGUAUUCCAUGUUCGGCGCAUUGUGCAACUUGUGAUUCAUCAAAAUGUACUAGCUGUAUUUUUGGUUGGAGUUUUAAUAAAAAAGGAGAAUGCACACCAGACACACGAUCACGUUGUGAUAGUUCGGAAUUUUAUGAAGCAGGACAUUGUAAACCAUGUCAUUCAACGUGCGAGACUUGUGUUGGCCCCACUGAGGACUUUUGCAUAUCCUGUCAGAAUCCAUUACUCCUUCAAGGUAGACGAUGUGUCGCCCAAUGUGACGACGGUUACUAUUCCAAGGUGCAACCAUCGGGUCCAAUUUGUGCCCCUUGUCUACAGACCUGUAAGACUUGUGUUUCUGAAAUGAAUUGUACAACUUGUCAAGAAGCCUUACAAUUACAGAGCGGAGAAUGCCGUUCCUCAUGUGCCGAAGGUUAUUACAGUGACAGGGGUCAAUGUGCCAAAUGUUACCUUUCUUGUAAAACUUGCUCGGGACCAAGAAGAGAUCAAUGCGUCAGCUGUCCCACAGCGUGGCAAUUGGCAUCAGGUGAAUGUCAUCCCGAAUGUCCCGAAGGCGAUUUCAGAAGUAAAUUUGGCUGUCGAAAGUGUCAUCAUUAUUGCAAAACUUGCAAAGGCGAAGGUCCACUUGAAUGUACAUCGUGUCCACCGCGUUCAAUGCUGGAGGGUGGAUUAUGUAUGGAAUGUCUUGGUGGGCAAUAUUACGAUUCUCAAACUCAACUUUGUAAAAACUGUCACGAGAGUUGUCGCACCUGUACGGGUCCAGGAAAAUACAAUUGUGCAUCGUGCGCAAAACCGCUGCAUUUACACAAACUUAAUAAUCAAUGUGUAUUGUGUUGUGCAGCCAAUGAAAAGAAAGCUGAAAAUGAUGAAUGCUGUCUCUGUGAUCCCGAUACUGGUAGCUGCAGGAACAGCUCACCGGCAGGUAAAAGAAGAGUUCCAGGAACUGAAUUAUCUUCAUUAGAUUCAUUAGAAGUUGAAAGUGCAGCACAAUAUGGUAACACUCACAAUUUGGAUGUGGAUUCAUUGAAUACAUCCGCAAUGACAGUCAUGACACUUGGUAUUUUUAUUUGCAUGGCUUCAAUCACAUUAUUUGUGAGUGUAUUCGGCGUACUGCAGUUAUUGUCAAGAAGAAGGGAGGUUUCAAUGGGAUAUACUCAAUUGGCCGUAAGAGUAGAACAUUUGGAUGAAGGAGACGUCGACGAUACAACCGAGCUUAUGACGUAGUUCUUUUAAAGACAUUUGUCAUCCAUAGCCAGAAAUUACGUCAGUGGUUGACAAAAACACCAACAAAAAAUAAAAACAAAAAAAAUGAAUGUCAAACUCGAAAACAGGACUUUGGAACAAUAGAAGGCAUUUCGUUUUAGAAAAAUCCUUCAGGAAAAAAUUUCAAGUCUUGUUUCAACUUUAAGUGAAAGUGAUUUCAAGGAGAAUAAAAACCUUAAAAAAAAGAACACAAAAAAAAUAAACGAACAAAAAAUGUCUUUGUACAGAAGUGAAAUAUGUAUGAGUGAAAUGUGUGUCUGUAAAUAUAUUUACUGCGCUGCGUUCGAGCAAAAAAAAAAAAAAAAAAAAGCAAAAAGAAAAAAAAAAACACUAACUUGAAUUGUAAAUCAAGAAAUGCUCGUACGAAGUGCAAAUUUUGUAAGUAGAAAUUAUUUCGGUCAGUGAUCUGUCCGAUUUUUAUGCGUUAGAUAAAUCGAUGCAGAGAACGAAUUUUCAGUUCGUGAUUAUAUAGAUGAAUUGAUCAAGAGAAAACAACAACGAUGAAGGCAGAAAAAGAAAUAUUUUUUUUUUUUUUUUU